CAACAUGGCGGACUCCACGUGAGGAUKUACAAAGAAAACCUAUUCGUAUUUGAUUCAUCUUAUACAGUUUAGAAUCGAUCCAAAAUGGUCCGAAUGAGAAAGGCUAAGGGAAAGCAAUGGAGGAAGGGACACAGCUGCGAAUCCAACCCCAAAACAAAUGUACAUCGGUCAAAAAUGCGACGAGGAAUGAUCACAGGACAACAAGUUGGACCUUCUUCGUCUAAUUUGACCACGCAAGCAUUAGAGAAGCACAACGCCUCUCAUGAUUCUCCUGUAGACAGUGAUGGAGACGAGGGGAUGAGUAUGAAGAGUGCUGGGUUGUUUAGUGUGGGUGGUUUGACCGAUUGCUCAAAUCCAGUUUUCGACAAUGUGAAACGAUUUUGGAAUGCACAGUCUUCUCAUCAGAAAGAGGUUUGUGCUGUACUUGCGGCAGUAACAGAAGUGAUUAAAUCUGAAGGAGGGAAGGAGACAGAGACUGAAUAUUUUGCAGCUCUUAUGACAGCUCUUGAAUCAUCAGAUAACGAGGAAUCCAUGACAGCCAUCACAUAUCUGUUAACUCUMGUCAUUAAAAGUGUUCCUGAGUCUAUCUUAAAAACCAAGUUCUCUAAAGCUUCUCAGAUAUUGCUGACAGCUCUAGCUGGUUAUGCUGGUGAUGGAGGGACAUCUCUACUUAGAUCGCUGUUGUAUUGCUUAAGCAGACUUCUUUUAGUUCAAGAAAGUGCUGUUUGGUCAGAAUCAUCAACAAUGAAGAUUUAUCAUGGACUAUUGAGCUUUACAAUUCACAGCAAACCCAAGAUACGUAAAGGUGCGCAAGAUGCAGUUGAGACACUACUCAAGAAGCCACCAAAUGACCUUGACUUUCAUCCUGCAGCUGGUGCCACAGCGAAGUUUUGUGUCCAGCAAAUACAGCAACAUGGAGGUUCAACUCAGUCCACCACAACCCUUCAUGUUAUUGGACUACUAAAAGAAAUAAUUUCCUUAUUACCAAUCCAGAGUGUUAAGACAGUUUGUGAGAACUUGUUAAAGUUGAUGACACUAGGAAAUGUGAUGGUUACAGUGAAUUCACUCCAAGUAAUGUUCAAGUUGUUCACAUCGUCACCUUCUACAGCUAGUCUCUCUGUUGAUUUAAAUGCACAGAUUAUCAAUGCUUUAUAUGACUAUCAGCCAAAUGUCAGUGAUGUGGAUUUAUCACAGGCUUGGAUAUCGACAAUGGAGAAAGCCUAUAUUAACUUAUCAAGAAAUGACAAUAAAUUAUGUACAGCACAUCUACCAAGAUGUUUUUCUUCGCUGAUGUCUUUUUACUUGUCUGAACACAAAAACCUCGCUGUUUCUGCUGCAAACUCUAUGAAGGAACUUCUUAGAGGUUGUAUUGAACCCUCUAUUGGUUUGAUAAAAGAAGAAGUAUCCAGAAGUGGAGCAGGUGUAAAUACCUCGGCUCAUAAGAUAAUCAAAUGCAUAGAGAGUGGCCUCAAGUACAGAUACCAUGAUUGUUGGAAUUUAAUUCUUGAAGUUAUUACUGUUUUAUUUGAGAUUUUAGGAAAAGACUGUUCAAAACUUCUGAAAAAGAUGCUUGUUUCGCUGUGUGACCUACAUGGCACAUACAAAUUUCAAUACACCAAGGAACUGAAAAGAGCUGUAGGAAUGGCCAUUCAGAAGAUGGGACCAAGAAAUGUGCUGGAGUGUGUUCCUCUGAAUCUCGACAAACCAAAUGAAAAUUGUGAAUUCCCAAGAGCUUGGCUUCUGCCUGUCAUGAAAGACAACAUCAAGGACACAGAACUCAAGUAUUUCUUUGAUGUCAUGCUGCCACUUGCUGCUGAGCUUAGGACAAAAGGUAUAGAAUCUAGUGAUGGUUGCACAGCUGAUCCAAGAGGGCCUGAGGAAGCACCACUGGUUGCGCAUGCGCCUGAGGACAUAGAUGCCAAAAUUCCCGCCACUGAAACCGAGAAAGAGCGUCAGCAACAACAUUGUGAACUCCUGGGAUAUGAUGGGAUGAAAAGGAAAAAUUAUAUUUUGCUGCUGACAUCAGGAGGUGCCGCACCAGAAUCAAGGGUAAUACCCAGGAUUGUUAACUUCGUGCAAGGGCCUUCGCAUUUGCCAGGGUGGAGUGGGAGGCCCAACUGGCUACACACUGUUAAGGCCGUGGCAAGGUCCUGA